AUGUCAGAUGACGAAGCUGCUACCAAGAAAGACACUGCGAGAGGUAAGCGAAGAAGAAAAAGAAGCAAAGGUUCAAAAUCUUGCUUUGAAGAAUGUUGUGAAUCUUGUCACAAUAUGGCAGAAUCAAUCGCAGAGAUGAAAGAAAAGCUUGACAGCGUGUUAAGCUGCAUUGAAGACAUCAAAGAACUAAAGCAAAAGCAAACAGUCCUUGAAGAAAAGAACAAGCAAUUGGAAGCCAGUUUAGAAUUCGCUCAUACUUUUGUUAAAGAGCUAGGGGAGAAGAUGGCCGUACAAGAUGAAGCGAUCGACGAGCUCGAGAAAGGUGUGAAGUCGUUAACCAAACAAGCAGCAUAUGAAAAGCAAAGAGCAAUUAAGCUGGAAAGUCACAGUCGCCGCAACAACCUGAAUUUCUUUAAUAUUCCUGAGAAAAGGGACGAAUCUUUCGAAAAUUUUGAAACAAUUUUGGAGAAUUUUAUGGUUGCGGAGCUCAAAAUAAGCAAAGAAGACGUAGAUGAUAUUUCUUUCGAAUUCGAACGCGUUCACUGCAUUGGAAAGUCCAACCCUACUGAAUCCAAACCGAGACCGCUCAUCGCAAAAUUUACGUAA